AAUAGUAUACAUUUGUGAAAAAAACCCUAAACCCUAGCGAAGUGAAGUGUAUCUUCUCUUGAGGAAAAUAAGAAGAAGAAGUGUAUCUUCUCCACUUUCUUGCACUCUGCAAAACAAAACCCUAAACCCUAGCCCCACCUAUUCAACACUUGGCUAGUUAAUUGAUAAUGGCACCUGCUCCACUUAACAAGAAAAAGGGCUCCAAUUUGAAGUUGCAGAAACAAUCAGCUAAAAUGAAGCAAAAGGGUGACCUUUUUACUGAAAAGAAACCUAAGAAGGAUUUGAUCUUGGAUGAUAAUUCAGAUGACGAAUCGUUUGAUGAGGACGAACUAGCAUCUGGGUCUGGUUCGGAUUCUGGUUCCGAUAUUCUUUCCGACGGUGAUGAGCCAAUCACUGAUGAUUUUCUACAAGCAACUGACGAUGAAGAGGAAGGUUCUGGUUUGGAUUCAGGUUCCGACUCGGAUGAAUCGGAUAUCGAGAAAAAGGCAAGAGCUAUUGAUUUACAGAAGGAGAAGGAGGAAAAAGAUGCCGAGGAUGAAAUGCGCCUCAACAUUGCCGAAGAAUCUGAUGAAUUCAGAUUGCCAACUCAGAAGGAACUCGAAGAAGAAGCACGGGGACUCCCUGAUCUUCAAAAUCUCCAAAGGAGGAUAAGAGAGAUUGUUCGAGUGCUGUCAAAUUUUAAAGAUUUAAAGCAAGAGGGAGCUACGAGAAAGGAUUACACUGAUCAGCUUAAGAUCAAUUUGUGUUCAUAUUAUGGGUAUAAUGAUUUCCUUUUAGGUGUUUUAAUGGAGAUGUUUCCAGUUAAUGAACUCAUAGAAUUUGUUGAAGCUUGUGAAAAGCCACGCCCUAUAUGCUUAAGAACUAACACAUUAAAGACCAGGAGAAGGGAUUUGGCGGACGUACUCUUAAAUAGAGGAGUAAACCUUGAUCCUUUAAGCAAAUGGUCAAAGGUUGGCCUGGUAGUAUAUGAGUCACAAGUGACUCUUGGUGCCACUCCAGAGUAUAUGGCUGGCUUUUACAUGCUGCAAAGUUCAAACUCGUUCUUGCCUGUGAUGGCCCUUGCUCCUCAAGAAAAAGAACGGAUUGUGGAUAUGGCGGCUGCACCUGGUGGAAAAACAACUUACAUUGCUGCACUUAUGAAAAAUACUGGUGUAAUUUAUGCAAAUGAGAUCAAGGAAGCAAGACUAAAAUCACUAACUGCAAAUUUGCAUCGCAUGGGGGUGACAAACACCAUGGUCUGUAACUAUGAUGGUAGGGAGCUUAUCAAGGUUUUGGGUCAAAAUUCAGUUGAUAGGGUGUUGUUGGAUGCUCCUUGCAGCGGGACUGGGGUCAUAUCUAAAGAUGAAUCUGUUAAAACCUCCAAAAGCCUUGAAGAUAUACAGAAAUGUGCAUUUCUGCAAAAGCAACUUAUUCUUUCAGCAAUUGAUAUGGUUGAUGCAAACUCCAAAUCUGGGGGAUACAUUGUCUACUCCACAUGUUCCAUGAUGGUUGCUGAGAAUGAAGCAGUCAUUGACUAUGCACUCAAGAAAAGGAAUGUUAAACUAGUCCCAUGCGGACUUGACUUUGGGCGUCCAGGGUUUAUUCGCUUUAGGGAACAUCGUUUUCAUCCGUCAUUGGAGAAGACAAGACGUUUCUACCCACAUGUUCACAACAUGGACGGUUUUUUUGUUGCGAAGUUGAAGAAAAUGAGCAAUUCAAUACCAACUGCUGGAUUGUCUGAAACCGUCGAAUCAAUGGAAACAGAAACAAAUGAGAAUGAUAGCGAAAAUGAAAUUCCAGAGCCUUCAAUUGAACAGGGACCAAAGAAGAAAGAAAAGUUAUCGAGUAAACCAGCUUUUAAAGAAAAUGAGAAGAACACAAAGAAAAGACAUUUUCAAUCCAGAGAGGGUCCAAACAAGCCAGCUUUGAACAAUGGAAAUGCAGAAUCGCCUUCUACUGUUAGGAAUACAAAGAAAAGAAAAUUUCCAUCCAGAGAGGAAAUUUCAAAAAUCAGAGAGGAGAAGAGAAGAGCUGUUAGAGAAGCAAAGGACGCGACCGGACAGAAGAAUGGAAGUAAAAAAUGAGCUGCUAGCUUUUCAACAAAGCUCAUACAAAGAUUGAAAUGAGGAUGAGCAUUUCAAACAAAGCACAACUGCAAACUGUUGCCAAAUGUCAAUUUUAGGUAUUUGUGCUUAAAUUUUGUCAACUGUAACUGUAAGGAAAUUUUGUUGGUCUUUGUUAGUUAAAACGUAAGAGAUGUAUUUUAGUGCCAACUCUUGUAUUUCAUGAACAAGAUUACAAGAAUAUGAAAUUUGUGUUAUUUAUCAUCA